CCUAUCGGGGACAAGUGGAAAGGACUUCUGAUUGAGCAGCGCCAUCUUGUUGGCGAAGGACACUUGAAUGGUUGUUACUGGGAGGAGAGAGCGAGCGUCGUGGGUGCUGGUUUAGGACGGUAGGGGCCUUAUUUCGUUGGAUGCGAAGGUCUUUUUUUGUAAGGGAUUGGUAUAUAAAACCAGUUUAUCUCUGAAUUUGUAUCCUGUUGAGAAGAAACUACCUGUUUGAACUUAACCUGAGAAAUACUUGAACCAGCAGUGAUGGCAGGUCAUGAUUCUGGGUCGCAACACCAGUUCACAGGGUUUCAGAAAUACUUCAAUACCUACACCCUGAUAGGCAGAAGGAAUUAUGUGCUAGCCACAUAUGCAAGUAUUGCAAUGGUCAUCUUGUACUUUAAACUGAGGCCUAAGAAACAAGUACCAGCUGUGACAGAGAAAUAAAAUGAGUUAUGGACAUGUUGAUAUUAGAGCUUCCUUGUUCUAUUGCUGCAGCAAGCAGAAGCUGAUGUACAGUUCAAUAAAUCAUGAAUAAUGA